AUGAGUCUGCGGAGCAACAAACUUCUCGUUGCGGCGGUGAUCUUCACCGUCGUAACUUUCGGUUUACUGCUGUCUUCGUCUAUUUUGAAUAAUAAAACGACAACAUCUUUAACAUAUGGAGGCAUACUUCCAAAGUUCGGACAGCGUAUCAUCGAGAAAAAGUCAAAUGAGGAGUAUAUUAUCGAGAAAAUUGAGCAUACGCAGAAAGAUGGAGAAGAUGUACGUUCUACUCGAUAUUUAACUCAUCAUAGUUAUCUUCUGAGAAACCUCGCCAAAAUGGAAGUUAAGCAUCAUGGGAAGGAUUUUUCCAUCAAUGACAUUUGCUAUAAACCUCACAAUGCCAUUUUCGAGACAACUUUCGAUCCGGAAAACAUAGACAAACUCCCGAACUAUCUACAACGUCUUAUUCUCGAAGCUCAACGUCUUUCUCCUUGUCUCAUUGUCACUCCACUCAAUUGCUACCAUGAUGGUUAUCGAAUUCAUUCUGAAAUGAGUAAAUGGAAUACUAGCAAUGUGACAAACUUUCUGAACAGAAAAUUGAGAAAUUCGUACAUAGACGCGAUUGGCGAGAGCGAAGAGAGGCCAUACGUCAAGUCAACAUACGGUCCUGAUCUGAUCAAAGAAUGGGCUCACCUUAUGUUCAAGUUACCAUCCAAGCAAACGUCGAGCUUCUCGAAGAAAGAUUUAUCAAGCAAGAUUGAAUUAUGGUUAUCAAGCAUCGAAUCAAAAACUAACCUUACUGAGUUGGGAAGACCGAGUGAAGUUGAUAAUUACUUCGAUAUUUGUACAUCAAUGCAACAAGUUCACGAUUUCGAUGAAAGGAAAAGAAAGUUCGGAUUAUACGACGACGACGAUGAGUUCCUAAUUGGUCUGGAUUGUGUUGAAAACAAAACGAAGUUUAUCGAGUGGAUCCAGGAAAGAGAGCUCAGAAGAGUUUCUAAACCGUUUAAUCCAAAUCAGCAGUGUGAUGGAAUUUUCAAAAAUUCUGAAGGCUCAGGAUUAGAAUUUUUCUAUGGAACUAGAAGUUUUGGAAACAACACCGCUCCGUUCGAUAAAAUGAAAGCAGAGAUCGGUUUGAUGACGCCAGAGCAAAUUCUUACAACGAUGCUUCACUCCGAUUAUGUAAAUGGCUUCGAAUCUAUCUGGACGAUUGAGAGAGCUCAGGAACUGUUGGAUGAUUUCCGAUUAGCUAUUCGUCAAGAAGUGAAGAGAUUCAAUGAGAACCGAUCAAGUCUAAAGAUUGGAGUUGACACGCGAGUUGUUGAAAGGGAAGAAAGUAAUGAAACAGAAUUAGAAAUCUCGUCGAAUUUGGAUUCAGUCGUUUAUUUCAUUCUUUUCAUUCGUUGUGUUCUGUUAAUUUUCUUUGCUUUCUUUGCUUGGUCAGUGAAUCCUCUUCGAUCCGCUGUCAUGUUUCUGGUUCGAGAUGCGUUGACUUCACUUUUGUUUUCGAUUCUCUGUAAAUCAGAUGGACACAUCGAAUUGAAUUCUGAAUUAUUGGGUUAUAUCAUUCUACUCACCAUCGUCAACACUUACUUGACAACUCGCGUUUCAUGGUACAAAGAUCGUAAUGAAACUUGCAUUCAAAGAGCAAAAGACUUCCCGAGUCGAUCAAAUUUCUCAUUACUUUUUUCAAUUGAUAGUCUUCGUGAAAAUUGUGAUUCAAGACAACUUCAAUAUGCACUGGCGAAAUUAUCAAAAUAUCUGACUGCUCUCGACACAUAUUCUACGGAAACAUUCAUGCAACUCCCAAAUUAUUGGCCGUUCAUCUCGAUACUUUUCGUUCCAAUCACUGGCUGCUACUGGUAUUUUGUUGAUUUUAAUCUUCCAAAAAUCUUUGUUGUGCUUCUUCCCUCGUUUAUUGUGACAACUAUCGAACAACGUCAAGUGGAGAAGAGUUUAUUGAAAGAGCGCAAAGCAAAAAAAGAGUUUCAGAAGGUUCAGAAGAAAAAAAUGGAAAAGUUUUUGUCAGAUGGAGCAGUCGAUCGACUACUUUCUGGAAAUCUGGAAUCAGUUGAAGACAAAAAGUUAUACAAAUCGAAAGACUGUGUGAUUCACAAAGAGUCAGCUGGAAGGCUUUACGAGUUGUCUCGAAGCUCAUACGAUGUCUCCAAAAUAAUGGCGUAUCCAAAUCAAAGAGUUCGAGAUUUUCGUUUUGAUGCUCUCGGUUGCUACUUUUGGCUGAUGAAGUUGAAAUCGGCAGGUAUUUUGUUGUACGGAUCCGCUAUCCUCUUCGUUCUUCUAUCAGUUGCUGUGAUGUUCAUUCCAAUUCAAAGAACUUCACUUCAAAAAGAUAUGAACAACGAGGUGUACUUCGGUUUCUCCAUUAAUAAUAUGUCAUCAGAUUGGACAAACAUCAACAAAAAGCUACAUGCGUUCAAUUCGGAAAUCGAUUCUAUUCAAUCGCUUCAAACAAUUUCAAAUUGGAAGAAGGGUUUCGAUCGGUUCGAAGGACGCUUCUACAAGAAUUCAUCACGAACUUCUGAUGCUAAUCAUUAUGUGGAAUGGAUGAAUCAAGAACCAAUUAAUUGGUCUGUGAUGGCUCCUCUGACGCGAAUUUCUCCGAAGUUCGGAAUCCCAAGCCCGUUUAAGUUCCGAUUCCGAUAUCAGAUUGAAGUGAAUAACAAUGAGUCAGAAGUAAUUGAUACUGUGCAGAGAAUCGACACGCUCCUCACCAAAUACAAAGGAACUCUUUCAUCUCCAAUAGUGGAUGGUGUCCUCUACGAGUAUUAUCAUGGAAAUGCAGCUGUCUGGAACUCAUUCGUAUUCAACGAACUGCUUGCCUCUGGAAUUCUCUCCGCCUUCUUCGCAUUAAUCGUUGUUAUAUUCUCAAUCACUCCAUCGAUUUCAUCGGUUCUUAUCUUCUCAUUCUUCGUUAUCGGAUCUCGACUCGAAAUCGCCGCUGUUAUAUCCUUAUUUUCCCUUGACAAUCAACAACUUUACACCGAUUCGGCUGUUCUUGUUGGUUUUCUUGUCGCAUGGGCACCGUUUUAUGAACUGAGUUUAUUCCGAAGACGUCUUUUGUACAAGUUGAAAACAAGGUGUACACCUGAACUAUCAUCUGGAAAACGUAUUCGACCACCUUUCACAAAAGCAGUUGACACAGCCCAAGUUUUUGCUAUCGUAUUAGCAGCAUCUCUCAUUAUCGCUGUCGUUGCUGGCGUGGUUCCAGAAUUCCAAACGUUCUUCUGGCCUACUGUAAUUCUCAUCGUGGUUCAACUCGUCGCAUUUGGAAAUUCCAUCGCCGUUCUCGUAGCAACAAACCAAAUGUUCGAACGAGAAGUUCGUAAUUUUCUCGACAACGAAUUCGAAUUGGGCAACGGGACGACUGCCGGGCAAGUGUGUCAUAUGGCUCAGAAACUGAUCCCACCGAAGUAUGAUAUUCCGAUUCCAAUGAACGACUUCCACAUACGGCCUACGAAUAUGUCCAAAUUCUAUGCGCCGCCUCCAGCGAAAAAGAGGGCCAAACAAACAAACAAUGAAACUGAUCCAGAAAAGAAAGAAGAUGAACCAGGAACAAGUAAUGCGAAUAAUGUAUCACAAGAAGAAGCCGCUCAUCGUCUUGCUAUCUUGCCUUGGCAUUUUGUUCUUGGUGGAAUCCCCGUUGACCUCACAACACGGUCAGAUCAGAUAAUCAAUGGCCCAUUCAUUGGAAUCUCAAGUGACGCUAUGCGCACACAUGAAAUCAAUUCUGAGUUAGAAGAUCAAGAUGACUAUUCAUCAGAAUCAUCGGUAGAGGACGUAGAGAGUGAUCCUGCUCCAGAGGAGGAAAUCAAAUAUCAUGAAGAAAACAUGUUGCACAUGAUUGAAAAGGUGCAAAAAGAUGCAGCAGAAAAAGAGGCCAAAGAGAAAGUUCAUCAGGUGGAAUCGGCACAAAGAAGAGCACCCAAUUUCGAUGAUCCGAAUGUCGCCGGCCCGAGUCAUCGUUAUCAAAGAAAUGAAGAGAGAAUUUCGACUGAUAUCGUUCCGGCAGAUCCUCCAAGAGAGAUUCCAGCAAAUCCUGUUCCUCCUCCCACUCAUGUACUUGUUCAACGGGCGCCCCGUCCACACGAGAUGCCUCCAGUAAUAGACAGAACAAUACCGAGAGAUCCAAGAACUGAGCCACCGAAUCUUCAAGAAUGCAUACAACAGAAUGAUGAUCCGUCCCUUCCACCUCAUCCUCGUAGGCAUCAAUAUCCAGAUCAUUACGGUCGAGCAAUGAUUUCUUACUGCGAGGAUGUCUAUUGGACUUACAAUGACGGCCGUUUACCUCCGAACAUCGCGAUGCCUCCUCGUCCCUUCGAUUGGCACUACCGUAGGGUUGCGCCACCUGAGGAUUUCAAUUAUGUUCCUCCACCUGGUCAGCCAUCUAUUCCAAUUCCUGCUGAAGCGAUGGCUCUACGUGAAGAAAGAGCAAGAGCUCACAGAGAACAAGAACAACGAGAUAAUUCUCAAAGCCCCAGUCCUAGUCCAGAACCUGGUCUCUAA